UCAGAUAGUGGACCAGGAGAGCUCAGAGGUUCCCAGUGGUCAGUCUGCCCAGCAGCAUCAAACACAGCUGGACUCCUUAUUUAUGCUGCUGGAGGAGAACAUGGUCACUUUUGUGAAGAACAAGCUGAAGAAUAUCCAGAGGCUUCUGAGUCCAGAUUACCCAGAAUGCUCAGAGAGUCAGAGGGAGGAUGAGGAGGUGCUGGAUGGUGAGGAUGAAGAGGCAUUCCUGAAGAUUACAGUGAACAUCCUGAGGAGAAUGAAGCAGGAUGAGCUGGCUGACUGUCUGCAGAGCAGAACAUCUGCUGGAGUUUGUCACCAUAAACUCAAACGUGACCUGAAGGAGAAGUUUCAAUGUGUGUUUGAGGGGAUCGCUAAAGCAGGAAACCCAACCCUUCUGAAUCAGAUCUACACAGAGCUCUACAUCACAGAGGGAGGGACUGGAGAGGUCAAUGAUGAACAUGAGGUCAGAGAGAUUGAAACAGCAUCCAGGAAACCUGUCAGACCAGAAACAACCAUUAGAUGUCAAGACAUCUUUAAAACAUCCCUUGGAAGAGAUGAACCAAUCAGAACAGUGAUGACAAAGGGAGUGGCUGGCAUUGGGAAAACAGUCUUAACACAGAAGUUCACUCUGGACUGGGCUGAAGACAAAGCCAACCAGGACAUACAGUUCACAUUUCCAUUCACCUUCAGAGAGCUGAAUGUGCUGAAAGAGAAAAAGUUCAGCUUGGUGGAACUUGUUCAUCACUUCUUUACUGAAACCAAAGAAGCAGGAAUCUGCAGGUUUGAUCAGUUCCAGGUUGUGUUCAUCUUUGACGGUCUGGAUGAGUGUAGACUUCCUCUGGACUUCCACAACACUGAGAUCCUGACUGAUGUUACACAGUCCACCUCAGUGGACGUGCUGCUGACAAACCUCAUCAGGGGGAAACUGCUUCCCUCUGCUCGCCUCUGGAUAACCACACGACCUGCAGCAGCCAAUCAGAUUCCUCCUGAGUGUGUUGACAUGGUGACAGAGGUCAGAGGGUUCACUGACCCACAGAAGGAGGUGUACUUCAGGAAGCGGUUCAGAGAUGAGGAUCAGGCCAGCAGGAUCAUCUCCCACAUCAAGACAUCACGAAGCCUCCACAUCAUGUGCCACAUCCCAGUCUUCUGUUGGAUCACUGCUACAGUUCUGGAGGAGGUGUUGAAAACCAGAGAGGGAGGAGAGUUGCCCAAGACCCUGACUCAGAUGUACAUUCAUUUCCUGGUGGUUCAACUAAAACUGAAGAACGUCAAGUAUGAUGGAGGAGCUGAGACAGAUCAACACUGGAGUCCAGAGACCAGGAAGAUGAUUGUUUCUCUGGGAAAACUGGCUUUUGAGCAGCUGCAGAAAAGAAACCUGAUAUUCUAUGAAUCAGACCUGACAGAGUGUGGCAUCGAUAUCAGAGCAGCCUCAGUGUACUCAGGAGUGUUCACACAGAUCUUUAUAGAGGAGAGAGGCCUGUACCAGGACAAGGUGUUCUGCUUCGUCCAUCUGAGUGUUCAGGAGUUUCUGGCUGCUCUUCAUGUUCAUCUGACCUUCAUCAACUCUGGAGUUAAUCUGCUGUCGGAAGAACAAUCAACGUCCCAGAAGUCCAAAAGAGAAAAAGUUGAAUCUGCAGAGACACACUUCUACCAGAGUGCUGUGGACAAGGCCUUACUGAGUCCAGAUGGACACUUGGACCUCUUUCUUCGCUUCCUCCUGGGCCUUUCACAGCAGACGUGUCAGAGUCUCCUGCAAGGCCUGGUGAGACAAACAGGAAGUAGCUCUCUCACCAAUCAAGAAACAAUCUGGUACAUUAAGAAGAAGAUCAAUGGGGAUUUGUCUGUAGAGAGAAGUAUCAACCUGUUCCACUGUCUCAAUGAACUGAAUGAUCGUUCUCUAGUGGAGGAGAUCCAACAGUCCCUGAGAUCAGGAAGUCUCUCCCCAGAUAAACUGUCUCCUGCUCAGUGGUCAGCUCUGGUCUUCAUCUUACUGUCAUCAGAAAAAGAUCUGGACGUGUUUGACUUGACCCAGUACUCUGCUUCAGAGGAGGCUUUUCUGAGGCUGCUGCCAGUGGUGAAAGUCUCCAAGAAGGCUCUACUGAGUUUGUGUAACCUCUCAGAAAGAAGCUGUGAAGCUCUGUCCUCAGUUCUCAGCUCAAAGUCCUCUAGUCUGAGAGAGCUGGACCUGAGUAACAAUGACUUGCGGGAUUUAGGAGUGAGGCUACUGUCUGCUGGACUGAAAAGUCCACAUUGUACACUGGAAACUCUCAGACUGAGUGGCUGUAACCUCUCAGAGAGAAGCUGUGAAGCUCUGUCCUCAGUUCUCAGCUCCCAGUCCUCUAGUCUGAGAGAGUUGGACCUAAGUAACAACAACCUGCAGGACCCAGGAGUGAAGCUGCUGUCUUCUGGACUGGAGAGUCCACACUGUACGAUGGAAACGCUCAGUCUGUCAGGCUGUAUGAUCACAGAAGAAGGCUGUGCUUCACUGGCCUCGGCUCUGAGUUCCAACCCCUCCCAUCUGAUAGAGCUGGACCUGAGCUACAAUAAUCCAGGAGACUUGGGAGUGAAGCUGCUGUCGGCUGGACUGGAGGAUCCAGACUGGAGACUGGACAUUCUCAGGGUGGAGCCUGGUGGAGUCCGAUGGUUGAGACCAGGUCUGAGGAAGUAUUCCUGUGAACUCACUCUCGACACAAACACAGUAAAAAGAAAGAUCAAACUGUCUGACAACAACAGGACGAUGACACACGUGGAGGAGGAUCAGUCAUAUGCUGAACAUCCAGACAGAUUUGACCUUCCUCAGCUGCUGUGUAGAGAUGGUCUGAUGGGACGCUGUUACUGGGAAGUUGACUGGAGAGGAAAGGUUCAUGUAUCACUUAGUUACAGAGGAAUCAGCAGGAAAGGAGAUGGUGAUGACUGUGCUUUUGGAAUGAAUGAGCAGUCCUGGAGUUUGUUCUGCUGUGAUGGUGUUUACUCUGUCUAUCACAAUAACAGAGGUACAUCCAUUCCUCUCCCCUCCUCUUCCUUCUUUUCCUCCUCUUCCUCUGACUCAAACAGAGUAGCAGUAUAUGUGGACUGUCCUGCUGGCACUCUGUCUUUCUACAGAAUCUCCUCUGACUCACUGAUCCACAUCUACACCUUCAACACCACAUUCACUGAACCACCUUAUCCUGCUUUUAGAGUCUGGCCUGGUGCCUCAAUGUCUCUGUGUUCAGUGUAGUAGUCUCCUUCUGUUAGAGAAACAUUCUCACUGUUGAACAGAUAUUUCAGUCUGUUCGUGUGAGUCUUUUUCGCUCGUACGUUUUCAGAUUCAUGUGGGCAGAUGACGUGACGCCUGUUUUUUCUGUAAUUCAGUAUAAAUUUUUACUCAACUGCAUUUCUCAACUAAAACAACACACGUCAUUGGGGCAGAGAACAUCAUUUUAUUUCAAUAUAAUGAUUUUGGGACGUAAAAUGUAUUUGGUGUUGUUCAUAUUUCAAUGUGAAUAGCAAAAUGUCCUGCGGUGUGACUGUAACAUUGAUGACUCAUCAAAUGUAAACAUUAGUAAAAUGAAGCAGAUAUGUUUGGAGCAGCCAAUAAAUGCAUUGGCAUUA